UGUUGUAUUAUUUAGUUUCAUCACAGUACAAAGACCUUAGGUUUAUUGCUCAAGUACCGUGAGACUUUAGUUUGGAGUUGUGAAGAAACAUGUUUCGAUCGUAGUUUAAUAUUACUUUAUUAAUAUAAUUUUGCUCUUUAGCUAAGUUAAGGUGCUUGCAACGUAUUCAAUGUCACACUGAAAAAAAAAAGCUGCUUAACUCUGUACAAUGUUUGGUCAACCAAGCAAUAGCAGUUUUGGUUUUAACACAUCUUCCCAAAGUGGCCCUUUUGGACAGUCAGCAUUUAGUAAAAGUGUUUCUAAUACAAAUUUUGGAACCAGCACUCCUCCAGUUUUUGGAAACAACUCAUCUCUAUUUAAUGCAAAAACCGUUGGUACAAAUCCAAGCUUAUUUGGAAGUAGCACAAGUACUUCCACUUUUGGGACCAGCACAUCAUCACAGUCAUUUGGAGGAUUUAGUAAUGCUAAUGCAGGUACAUUGUUUGGCACACAACAGAAUGCAAACAACAAUCUCUUUGGAAGUAGUUCUUCGUCUUCGACAUUUGGACAAACUAGUAAACCCGCUUCAUUUGGUUUUGGUCAGCCUAGUAAUUCAAGUAUUUUUGGACAAACGCAACAACAAAACACCCAACAAGCAUUGCCAUUUGGACAAAUAGUAUCUACAAACACUGGUGGUCUUUUUGGAAGUUCUUCGGGUUUUGGUGCUUCUACCUCAACAAAUAACAUUUCUGGAACGGUUGUCAAGUUUAAUCCUGUCACUGGUUCUGAUUCUAUGGUGAAAAACGGAGUAACACAACCCAUUUCAACACGUCAUCACUGUAUAACGUGCAUGAAAGAAUAUGAAUCAAAAUCCCUUGAAGAAUUACGUUUAGAAGAUUAUUCUGCUGGUCGAAAAGGUAUUAUUCAAGAUGUUUUGGAUGUAUGCGAUAAGUGGAACAUAGAGAGGAAGUUUUUGGACAAAAGAUCACGUACGAUCAAGAUUCUCUUUGAUGAUCUGUCCCAAGAUAAAAAAUUCAAUGAUGCUGAGCAGCGGUCCCGAGUGACUAUUUUUCAUCCAAUGAUUGAUACCAUAAUAUCGCAACUUGAAAAUAGGUUUGUUGGAAUGAAAGAUAUUUUGGAUGAUUAUCGAGUCUUGCAACCACAGUUCCUGGCAAAUUCAUCUAUAAGCGACUUAGAGCAAAAAGCUGACAAGUUCUUCAAAAAAAUUUUAAAUGACAGGAUAUCUUCAGUUACCUCCCAAUUGCUGUCUAUUAGAUCUACAUUUCAAAAAGAAAUCAUUCACACGAAUGAUGUGAAAGAGUUAGCUUAUCAUUUUAUUAUUCAACAUGCUUCAUUUUCUUCGAGCUAUGCAGAUGUUUGCACGGCUCUUCUCAUGUUUCUAACAAUUUCCGUUGCCAUGGCAAAAGCUGAGCAAACUUUUUCGAAAUUGAAACUGAUUAAAAACUACUUACGAAGCACGAUGGUACAAAAAAGACUGAACAACUUGUCACUAUUAUCACUUGAAAAUCAGAAAGCACGCAAAAUUGAUUUCGACAAAGUAGUAGAAUAA